GAGAGCGUCAAAGACGGUGAUUGAAUGAAUGGGGUUGGAGUAGAAAACGACGGCGUUUGAAGAAGAAGAACCAGUGACAGAGACGAGCUACUAGUUCCGGUUGAUGGCGGAAGAAGGAGUCUUACACACUGGGGACGAAGAAACUAAAGCAGUGAAAGUCUCCGUCAGCAGCCACCCAGCUCUCUCUCUGUCUCUGUAUUUCUCGUCUUUUACUGAAGUGCUUGGAUAUCCGUUUCACCAAUUUACUCUACAAAAAGUUUUGGGUUUUCAGUAAAAUGGCUGAGACACAGACUGGUUCGACGACGAACUUUGUGGAUUCAUUAGUGGUUCCAGGUGAUGUGGUUCUGGAUAUCUCAAACAUGGCUAAUCAGACCAUCAAGCUUGGUAGCGGCCUUCGUCAGGAUGGCGAUGCUAUAUCAGUGACAAAAGCCGGGAAGUUAAGGUUCACAAAACCAAACAAAUAUUGGGUUGAAAGCUCUCAGAAAAGGUAUAUACCUUGUGUUGAGGAUACGGUACUUGGAAUUGUGGUGGACUCCAGAUCAGAUAAUUUUCUAGUAGACAUUAAAGGACCUACAUUAGCAUUUUUGCCCGUGCUUGCAUUUGAAGGAGGAACAAGGAGAAACAUACCAAAGUUUGAGGUAGGUACUUUGAUAUUUGUUCGGGUCGUGAAGACGAACCCUGGCAUGAAUCCUGAGUUGUCAUGCACUAACGCCCUUGGAAAAGCAGCAGAAUUUGGACCGCUUAAAGAUGGGUACAUGUUUGAAUGUUCAACAGGCCUUUCAAGAAUGCUGCUGAGCUCGCCAACACAUCCGGUUCUUGAGGAACUUGGGAAGAAGCUUUCCUUUGAAACUGCAGUUGGUAUUAACGGCCGUGUUUGGUUAAAUGCUGCCUCUCCAUCUACGGUAAUCAUCGUUGCUAAUGCAAUCAAGAAUUCAGAAUCUCUUAGUACGGUGCAGCAGAGAAUUAUGGUGGAGAAACUUAUUCAGAGUUUGAAUCUAUCAUCGUGAUGUUCAGGAGCUGCAUGCUUUGUUCCAGUCAGAAACUUGAGAUUGUGUUUAUAAGGAAGAUAUUGGUCACCUCGGUUAUUAAAAAACCAAGAUCCAAUGGUUCUCUACCGGCCUAACUUUAUUUGUGACCUUAGAUGAGAGAAA